AAAAAAUAGUGUUUAUCCGCUACUCGGCGUCGCAGUUGUUGGACGCUAACCUCACUUUUCAGCAACGAUCUUCAGUGUAACUCUGUGAGUCGGACACUUGCGAAGCGUUUGAAAAAGAUUGCAUAAGCCAUGAUCUGAAGUCUGCAUUGUCUCUGUGGACGUGGAUUUGCACUCACACACACCAGCCAUGUCUCAGUCUGAGCCCUGUGCGACUGUGUGCGACUGGUUGUGUGUUCUUCGUCUAGAACAGUAUUCUGAAGCAUUUCAGAGUGCCGGCCUGGCAACGAUACGAGAGUGUCGUAACAUCACACCAGAGCAGCUGGAACUGAUGGGCAUCACUCUGCCGGGUCACCAGAGACGUAUCCUGGCCAGCCUGAACAAAACACAAGUUAAUCGUGAUGCACACACCGCAACACAACCUGAUACACACUCCCACCUCGUCCAUACCGAGAGAGCAGAUGGAGAUCAGAAAUCGGAGGAGACGGGACAUUCAAAAGUGUUGCAGAGAGACAGACCUGUGCCUAUCCCAAAGGAAAAAAGUGUCCUGAAGGAAAUUGAGAAAAGAGAUGGAGAGACACCAAGACCUGCACCCAGAGAAAGAGAAAAACCGGUUCCCAAGGACAGACAGGUGUCCAGGAUGAAGGAGGAAAGCGGAGGAGGAGAUCAGAAGCCGGUUCCUGAGAAAAAACCAGCAGCACCUAGACGAGAAAAAGCGGAAGAGAGAGAUGGAGGAGAAAAUGGAGACAGGGAGAGGCCUGUGCCUAAAGAGAGGACUAGGUAUCGCUCUAGUGCUCCAGUGGAUUCUCCACCCAUUCCACUUAUUUCUCCAACUUCUGACACCUCUUUACCCCCAGUCCCCCCGAGAAGCACCCUGAACUGCCCCCCACAGCGCUUCACCACUGCUCUGAGCCCCACACCUCCUGCUCGAACCCCUCCCUCACCUAAACAGGCCAGAAAUGCAGUUGAAGCCCCUGCUGUACCGAGUAGGUCCGUGUCCCAGACUUCCACCCCCAUCAGCACCCCUGUACAAACCCCAACAGAAGCACCCCUCCAGCCCCCGAACUUCACUCCCUCCCAAACUCGGCCUCAGACAUUAAACAUACAGCCGCCUGCCCGACAUUCGGGUAGCGAUGGAGGUCGAAAAACUUCACCCGUCUCGCCUACUGCCUCUCCCAGUGAAGACAUAAAUGCUCCACCUCUCCCUCCUAAAGUAGGGGUGGUACCUAAAGGUGCUCCACCAAUCCCACAGAGGUUUCCUGUACAGUCUCCCAGCACUCACAGCCCCCCUUUCACCAAGAAGUCCGUUGAUGAGAUACAGAAGGAACAAACUCCACAGGUCCCACCACGGAUCAGGACAACCCAAACUCAAGAAAAAGCACAACAGCCAAGUCAACCCAACAGUCAGCCGGCUCGGCCUGCUAGGAGAGUCCCACAAGCUCCUCCUGACACCAAUUCUGAUAGUUCUGAUGACUACGAAGAUCCAGACUUGUUUUGCUCCAAAAUGCCCAAUGCUCAAAUGAACACACCUGAGAGGGAAAUGUCCUUGCAAGUGCCCAGACCAGUGAAGGGGCGGUACAAUUCUUUGUGCAGCGAUGAUGAACUACUGGAUGAUGAUGAUUCUACACUAUGGCAGGACAGUGAAGUCGGCAGCAUCAAAGGCAGCUUCUACCUGCCAAGCACUGGCAGACUGUCUUCAGCCUCUAAAGAAGACAGCUCUCAGCUUGCAGCCGUUAUUAAGAUGGGCUGGCUGGACAAGAAUCCACCACAAGGGGCCCUUUAUUAUCAGAGACGAUGGGUAAAGCUAGAUGCUGACUACCUGAGAUACUUUGACAAUGACAAGGAAGUGUAUUCUAAGGGGAUAAUCUCAACAGCAUUUAUCACUAAUGUGGUCAGUGUUGGAGAGCUGAAGUUUGAGGUCGUCACAGAAAACCGUACAUUCAUCUUCAGAGCUGAAACUGAAGCUGAGAGAAACGACUGGGUGACUACACUGCAGGAUUGCAGUAGGGGGCGCCAUAGACGCAGCAUCAUGAACCCUGGUUCACUUUUGACUCCAGACCAUCAUGGCUAUUUGGAGCUUAGAGGGUUACGCUCCAAACUUUAUACUGUUGUUGCCUUAGAUAAGGUCUUCCUUUACAAAAAUGCAGAGGACUACCGUAUAGGAGUGGGUAUCACAUCCAUCGAGAUGAAUGUAGGAAAUGUUAAAGACACUGAUCGUCGUAGUUUUGACCUCACAACACCUUACCGCAUAUUCAGUUUUAUAGCCGAGUCAGAGCAGUUGAAAGACCAGUGGGUGGAUGCCAUGAGGAAUGCCAUAGGUGAGGCCUUGUCCAAUAGCGAGGUGGCAGAAAAGAUCUGGGCAGAGCCGACCAAUAGUGUCUGUGCUGACUGUGGGGCGGCCAUGCCGGAGUGGGCAGCCAUCAACUUGUGUGUGGUGGUCUGCAAACGAUGCGCAGGGGAGCACAGAGGAUUGGGUCCUAGCAUAUCUAAGGUUCGUAGUCUGAAGAUGGACAGGAAGGUCUGGACAGAAGAGCUCAUACAGGUGUUCCUUCAGCUAGGCAACGAACGGGCAAACAGUUUCUGGGCGGCUAAUGUCCCACCGAGUGAGGCUCUGACACCGACUAGCUGCAGUGAAGAGAGACGGCGCUUCAUCACCAACAAAUACCGCCAGGGCAAAUACAGGAAGUACCACCCUCUGUAUGGAAACCAGAGAGAGCUCAACAAUGCAUUGUGUAUAAAUGUCCAGUGCAGCGACGUGCUUGAGACGUUAAGCCUGAUUUUCUGUGGCGCAGAUGUAAACUGUUCGACUGGUAUGGCCGAUUGCCCCUCCCCUCUCUCCCUGGCCAAUACGCACUCACAACUCUUACAGGCUGAGUUACUUAGCCACAAUCUCAACACAGAGCUGCCACAGUCAGUAGUGGAUGGGAACAUGGAGACGAAACCUUACUCACCACCGCUUUGUGUGUCUCACAAUGGCUUCCUGUUCAAGACUGGAUCCAUGGCUCGAGCUAUCACAGAGCGCAAGUCCAAAGAGGAGUUCAGUCGUCGCUGGUGCACAUUGAAUGAUGGCACCUUCAGCUACUAUGAGAGUGACAAGAACUCAAACCCGAACGGAGCUCUAAAGGCUUCAGAGAUAGUCUGUUUGGCUGUUGACACGACUGAGAAACAUGGGUAUGACCAUACCUUUGAACUCUACUCAGAGUCAGAGCGUCUUUAUCUGUUUGGCACUGAUGACCCACAAAGCCACAAGGAAUGGGUCAAAUCCAUUGCCAAGAACUUUAUCCCAGCCAGUGCAGAGCCUUUACUCAGGUUAGGUUUCGAGCGGAUCGGGCGGCUGAAGUGUAAAGACGGCUUGAACCUGCAAACGUCCAAGGUGGGUUGGUUCGCUCUGGUGGGCUCUACGCUUCACGUCUACCUGGAGAACAGCCAGGGAGAGGAGAUACACCUCCGCAAACUCAAUGAACUCUCAAUCCAACAAGACAAUGAGGUGCUGGUUCUGGUGGAGAAAGGCAGGACUCUGUACAUAGAAGGAGAAAGGAAGUUGGAUUUUGCUGGUUGGAGCGCGGCCAUUCAGGCGGCAGCGGGGAGUGGAGGAGACACACUGAGCCAGCAGCAGCUCACAGAGACAGACAUACCGAUCAUAGUACACAGCUGCAUUGGCUACAUCACACAGUGUGGCUUGACGUCUGAGGGGAUCUAUCGUAAGAGCGGCGUGAACUCUCGCGUGGCAGCGCUGUGCGACCGAUUCCGUCGUGAUGCUCGCAGCCUUCGUCUGAGGGAAGGAGAGCACCAGGUGGACGACGUCUCCAACACACUUAAACGCUUCUUCAGAGACCUGGAAGAAGGAUUGUUCACGUCUGAGGAUGGAAGCACUUGGCUGAGUACUGCCGCCAUUCAGGAUGAAAGUAAGAAAAUCUCCCAGUACCAAGUGCUGCUAAACAAACUGCCUCAUGUCAACAAGGCUACACUACAAGCCCUUAUCAACCACCUCUACUGUGUGCAGCGUUUUUCUGAGCUGAACCAGAUGAAUCUCCAUAACUUGGCCAUAGUGUUCGGUCCAACACUGUUUCAGAACGAUGGGAAGGACUAUUCCGCCGGCCGCGCUGUAGAGGACCUCAUACAGCAUUACACACUCAUCUUUGAGGUGGAUGAGCAGCAGCUGAAGAAGCAGCUAGAAGAGAUCACUGUUAUCAUCCAAGUGCGAGAGAAACUCAACACAAAGUUUCCUAGUACUGAACCAGGUGGGCAUUUCAUCUGUACAGUGUACCUGGAGGAGAAGAAGGAAACAGCAGAGCAACAUGUUAAGAUCCCUGGUUCUAUGACAGCAGUAGAGUUGACAUGUGAGGUUUUGGACCGGCGCAACAUCCCAGUUAGAGACAAAGACUAUUGGAGCUGCUGGGAGGUCUGUGACAAGGAGGAAAUGGAACGUCCGCUGCACUAUCAGGAGCGAGUCUUACCCAUCCUUCACUCCUUUGGCACCGACUCCCAUCUGCUCAUCAAGAAACACGUGGCCAUGGAGGCAGUGAUGGUCUACCUUGCCACUAAAGUCGACGCAUCCAAACACGGGAUGAUGAAAUUCAGAGAGGAGCGAAGCAUCCUGGGGUUGGGGUUGUCCACUGGCAGUUUCCAUGACCGAUAUUUCAUCCUCAAUUCCAUCUCUCUGAGAAUGUACAAGGAAGUCAGAAGUAACCGUCCAGAACGUGACUGGCCAUCAAAAAAUCUGAAGGUGUACAUGGGUGUCAAGAAGAAACUGCGUCCUCCCACAUGUUGGGGGCUGACAGUGGUCUAUGAGAGUAAGAAACAAGAGAAGCCAGAGAGACAGCAGUGGUAUCUCUGCUGUGACACUCAGUCAGAAAUGAGGGAGUGGUAUGCUACCUUUCUCAGUAUCCAGUAUGACGGCAACAUUUGGCCUCAGGAUGGACUCCAGCAGACACGGGUUAGCCGUGUGCUGCCGGAUACUCGUCAUGGUAACGUGUCACUGAUACCGCUGCGUGGCAGUGAGAAUGAGAUGCGGAACAGCGUAGCAGCUUUCAGCCAAGACCCGCUUGCUGUGAGUCAACCUACCAAUCAUGGGACUAAUCUAGGACACCCAGCCAGCUCAGUCUGAAGCUGCUGGCUAAUCAGAGACAUUCAUGCUGAACAGGUGGUCCAAACCCUCAACUUUGAUCCUCACCAUCACAAGAGAUUUGCACAGAUCUUGCACCAGUUGUGUUAUAUGUACUUUACAUUUAGAGGCCAGAACUCAGAGUUUUACUUAGUUUGAAUAUUUGAG